UGAUGAUUGAUGAUGAUGAUGGUGGUGGUGGUGGUGGCGGCGGAGCUGCUGGCGGUCGGGCCCCGACCGGGGAAGGUGCACCGCCAGGUAACUCCCGGGGCUGCCCCGGCGGGGCCGGGACCCUGCGCGCCCCUCCGCGGGGCGGUGGCACCGGGAGGGUGGCGGGCACGGGGAGCGGAGCGGAGCGGAGCGGAGAGGAGCCGAGCGGCGUCUCCCCGGGGCCUUCGAGCCCGACUCCUCCUCCUGCCGGAGAAGAGACGGCCACGGCUCCAUGCUCGCCAGGGGAGACCCAGCCCGCAGCCCGGGGGGAGCCGCGGCCGCGCUGCGCGGAGGCGCACGCUAGGCGGGUGCUUUUGCCCAGGAGGGAUCUGCAGUCCCGCAGUUAGAGCUGGCUCCAGGACCUUUUCCUUAGCUUUGUCAUCUGUGGUGGCUUUAGGAGCUAAUAUCAUCUGCAACAAAAUCCCAGGCUUGGCCCCUCGGCAGCGAGCGAUCUGCCAGAGCCGCCCUGAUGCCAUCAUUGUGAUCGGAGAAGGGGCACAAAUGGGAAUCAAUGAGUGCCAGUACCAGUUUCGGUAUGGGAGGUGGAACUGCUCUGCACUGGGAGAGAAAACAGUCUUUGGACAAGAGCUUCGAGUAGGAAGCAGGGAAGCUGCGUUCACCUAUGCCAUUACUGCUGCCGGGGUUGCACACGCUGUCACAGCCGCCUGCAGCCAGGGCAACCUCAGCAAUUGUGGCUGUGACCGAGAGAAACAGGGCUACUACAACCAGGAGGAGGGCUGGAAGUGGGGAGGCUGCUCUGCGGAUAUCAGAUACGGCAUCGAGUUCUCCCGGAGGUUUGUUGAUGCCCGAGAAAUCAAAAAGAAUGCACGGAGGCUGAUGAACUUGCACAACAAUGAGGCUGGAAGAAAGGUGCUUGAAGAGAGAAUGAAAUUGGAGUGCAAGUGUCAUGGAGUUUCAGGUUCCUGCACAACCAAGACCUGCUGGACCACACUUCCUAAAUUCAGAGAGAUCGGAUAUAUUUUGAAAGAGAAAUACAAUGCUGCAGUGCAAGUGGAGGUGGUACGAGCCAGUAGACUAAGACAGCCAACUUUCCUGAAGAUUAAGCAGAUGAAGAGUUACCAGAAACCAAUGGAAACAGAUUUAGUGUAUAUCGAAAAGUCACCCAACUACUGUGAGGAAGAUGCUUCCACGGGGAGUGUUGGUACCCAGGGACGACUCUGUAACCGAACCUCUCCCAACGCAGAUGGGUGUGACAUGAUGUGCUGCGGAAGAGGUUACAACACACACCAGUACACCAAGGUGUGGCAGUGUAAUUGCAAAUUCCACUGGUGCUGCUUUGUGAAGUGCAACACAUGUAGCGAGCGGACAGAGGUGUUCACCUGCAAAUAACGGCAUCAUGCGCAAAUGAACAGAGCAAAUCGCCACAAGUGAAGACAGUGGAGUACAGCGAAUGAUGACAGCAUCAUUUUGCACAUCUAAUCUUUGGGAAAAAAAAAACAACACAACAACCAAUCUCUCCCCACUACUUACACCUCUACGGAUGGUGCAUUUUGGCUGGCUGUUGUGACUGCUUUGGAAACAAGGGCAACAGGAUUAAGGUGAUGUUGACAACUACAUGACAACCGUUUCUCUCUCUCUCUCUUUUUUUUUUUUUUUUUUUUUAAACUACAAUCUGGGUGUUAUAGAGUUCUCCUAGUAAGUGUUUUAAGUUAUACAUAUCAGAGAAGCUGAUUGCAUUACAGCUCCCAUGAAAUUUUAAAGAAAAAAUACAUUCUCAUAUUUUACGACAACAAAAGCACAAAGCCCUGUGCAAAUAAAGACUUUUUUUAGGAAAUGAAAUCUCCACUGACUAGAACAAAGCAGUCUUGCUGCAAAAAACUAAAUUGCUAAGAAAGUAGGUAGAGAGAAAACUACAACUGGUAGGGAGACAAAAUCUGUGGCGGAAGUACUCCACUAUCAGCUUGAAAAAAUAAAGUUCACAAAAUUACAUCAGCUGCCAGUGACACUGGAACUCUUUGAAUGAACAUUAAAAAUAAUUAUUUAUGUUUUUAAUAGUAUCAAAAAUUCUAAGCACUAACGGGUAGCUAUGUCUUAAUUCUGUACUAAAUGUAAACUGAUUGGAACUCUGACUUUAUGAUUUUUGUAUUUGGUUCUCCCUAAGUUCUUCAAUGCUACUGAUCUGUUGUCACUCCACUAGUAGAGAGUUUGAUUACUGUAGGCCUUAAGCAAUGACCAGAACUGAACAAAAAGAUCAUGUGAAGCUGUGGUUACAAAUGCUUAAUGAAGACUUUCCCCACUUGCCUCCUGAAUAAGAAUGACUCUUCUAGAUUCAGGCUUCAGGUGUGGAUCAUCUACCCUCAGCUCCUUGUAGGGAGUUUCAGGAUACAAAGUCAUGCUCUGACAAACAUUACAGAUUUGCUUUGCAGUCAAAUGCACUGGCAGGAUCUUCCAAGCAUGACACUGCUUUUAAUGGUUAAAACAUAAUAUUAUCAAUAGUUUUUGAAAAAAAUAUGCUCAGCAUGAGCUGAGAAGUUAAUAAAAAUAUGGUAGCUGAACACUAGGUUGCUGCAACCUGUGAGCUGCGGUGGCUUCAUGAGCAUAGGAAAGCCAAAAUUUGGGUUAGUCUGUGUCAUCAUUAUUCUAAGGUUGGCAAUAACAUAAGCCCAGUAAAUGCAUGAAUGUUAAGAAAGAAGUGGACUUUUUACACCACCAUUCAAUUCUAAUUUACACACCUUUUCCCUAUGAGAGUUUUUAAAAAUCCUCAGACGUUUUACUACUGUAGAAUCUAGUGGUUUAAACCCCAAGUGCCAGAUACUCCCAGGUACAAUACAGCACAUUUAAUCACGUUAAUUUGCUUGCAUCAGGGAUACUUAGCUGAAUUUCAGAAAAGUUGGAUUAAAAAUUUCUUAAUGUCUGUGUAUCUGCAUUUCUAGCUUUCGUUUCAUCCUGUUACCUUUUGUGAGGGGCUGCACAGCCAUGAGGCCUCCUCACCCAACACAGGAGCACAUGCUACACCACAUUAUGCUCUUGGGGCAAGGGGCCGGUGGAGCUGCCAUGCCGCCAGCUCCCAUGCUGAGUAUGUGGAUGAUCCAGGAUUACAUCCCAAAUUUGUGGGCCUGUGUUAUCCAAAGUAACCAGCCACCUGGGCACCUUGGUUUGAAUACUCGUGAGGUCCUGCCUUUCUGACCACAAGCCUUUCUUACACUCUGAAAAUCAUACCCUUUUGAUGGGUAUUCCAAAGAUUCCAAACUCAAAUCACUCAUGCUUUUUUGUUGUUGCUGCUGGUUUCUAAGUGCCAACUAGAGAUUCAAACUCAGCCUUGGCAUAAAUGAGUGCAACCCCAUGGAAGUAAGCAGGGGCCCCCAAAAUGCCAGAGUCAAUAGAUAUAAUUUAAAGUUCCCUAGAUUUAUGGGUAUUGUUGUUGAACAAUAGUGGUAUACUGUACUUUCACUACAUUUUUGACAGGAAGCAAAUAAAGCUCCCAAGCACAGUAAUGCACAGUCUUAUGGUACUAGAUACUGUAAAUAUAUUAGAAUAGUAUUUGUUAAGUACAACUGAGGAAUCCGAUUAAGUUAUAUUAUUGUAUAUCGUUUAAAUGUCUAUGGAGUAUUUUAAAUUAUUGUGAACUACACUGCGUUAAGAAAUGAAAAGGUUAUAUAUUAUAACACCAUCCACUCUGAAAAGUGGACCAAAAUGACACUAUCUUUUUUUUACACACCCCUAUUUCAAAUAGCUCUGUCAGCUGUUCAGAAUUGUAACAGUCCUACGAUUGGAUUAGCUGUCUAGAAUAUAAUGUUUCAGAGCAUCCUAUAAAAGCCUUGCUCAUGUGGGGGUGCAGCAUUCAGAAAAGUACUGUAUGGCACAAAACAGGGGCUGACCACAGAAGUGCAUGGACUUUGAACUAUGUUUCCAAGAAAAAACGGUUUUGGUCAGAAAACACCAUUACCACUAAUACACUGAAACGUCGGAAAAAAAAAAAGACAAAAAAAAAAAGACAACCUUUUCACAAAGGUGGUUAUGAACAGAAGUAGGUUACACACAACUUUUCUUUUAAAAAAAUAUAGUUUGAUGUCAAAGAACUGUGACAAUAGGUGUUUGAACAUGAACAGCAUCACAACAUGGUUUAACCAUACAUUAGCCAUGACAAAAUUCAAAAUACUGUAUGUUAUUAAAGAAUAUAAGAACAAAGAUCAAUUUGUUUACUAUGUGAGUGUUUUAUGGCAAGCAGAAAAGAUGAAAC